CUCCUCCUCGCUUCCCUCCCGCGAGGCUGCUCCGAGGCGCCGCGUGCACUCGGGGGCUGACGCCGGGCGACCCGGAGGGAGCACAAGGGCUUCCAGAAAAAAAAAGGGAAUUACAGGGAAUUAACUUAACCUUGACAUGCCACUUCCAGCAGACACAAGCCAAGCCCACCCUCCAGAUGGAGGAUGGGGAUGGGCAGUGGUCUUUGGAGCAUUCAUAUCCAUUGGAUUUUCAUAUGCUUUCCCCAAAGGCAUAGCAAUCUUCUUCAAAGAAAUCCAAGAUUUCUUUGGCACAUCAUACAGUGAGAUUGCAUGGGUGUCUUCAAUUAUGUUGGCUGCUACCUACGGUGGAGGUCCCAUCAGCAGCAUUUUGGUGAACCGUUACGGCAGCCGACCGGUGGUCAUAUUGGGAGGCUUGCUAUGUGGCAUAGGGAUGGUUUCUGCAUCCUUCUGCACAAGCAUUUUUCAACUGUACUUAUGCGCUGGGCUUAUCACAGGAUUUGGCCUUGCCCUCAACCUCCAGCCUUCCGUGAUCAUCAUUGGAAAGUACUUCCUGAAGAGGCGUCCAAUAGCCAACGGCCUCGCCAUGGCAGGAAGCCCUGUCAUGCUUUGUACGCUUGCUCCCUUGAACCAGCUCCUUUUCGACAACUUUGGGUGGAGGGGGAGCUUUUUUAUUCUUGGGGCGAUACUACUGAACUGCUGUGUGGCUGGAGCCCUCUUCAGGCCCAUCGGCACAGCAUCUGGCCCCUCUGAGAAGCAAACAAAUAAACAAGCAAAAGAGACUUUAGCUAAAGAACAGCUUGAUAUGGGCAUAGCUGAAAUGGCUGAUCCUGGAGACGAAGAGAAGGAGGACAAAGACUGUUGCGAAAACUUUAACAAAUUCCUUGAUUUAUCUCUUUUCAAGCACAGGGGCUUCCUGAUCUAUUUGGUAGGGAAUGUGCUGAUGUUUCUGGGCUUUUUUGCCCCUAUUGUUUUUUUGGCUCCUUACGCAAAGCACCUUGGGAUUGAUGAAUAUUCAGCAGCUUUCCUCCUUUCAAUUCUGGCGAUAGUCGAUAUGAUAGCUAGGCCAGCUACGGGGCUCAUUGCCAACAGCAAGUGGGUGAGGCCAAAGAUUCAGUAUUUCUUCAGCUUCUCCAUUGCUUUUAAUGGCACAUGCCAUCUGCUGUGCCCAUUAGCAACAGGCUAUACAGGCCUGGUAGUGUAUUCCGUCUUCUACGGGCUGGCCUUUGGUAUGGUUUGUGCGAUGCUGUUUGAAACUCUCAUGGACCUGGUUGGCGCCAGCAGAUUCACAAGUGCUGUUGGACUCGUCACUAUAGUGGAAUGCUGCACCAUCUUACUUGGGCCACCUAUUGGGGGAACUCUCAUCGACAUGUUUGGGGACUACAAAUACAUGUUCAUCAAGUGUGGGGCAGUGAUGGUGCUGGCUGGGCUCUUCCUCUUCAUUAUGAAUUACUACAACUACAGAAUGCUUGCAAAAGAGGAGAAAGCAAGGAAAAAGAUGGAAGCGCAAAAGAAGGACGAUGGACCCGUAAGGACAGUAACUGCAGAAGGAAACGCCACGGGAGCAGAAGAGAUGAACGGUGGCCCCGAAGCAGUCCCUCUGGGAAGUGAAGAGGAAGCACUAAAGAAUGGGGCAAACAUCGCAAGUGAAGCCUAAAUCUGCAUCACCUGAUUUUCUGAAUGGGAAAUAGCUCUUUCGUAUUUCUUAAAGUGACUUCAGAUGUACAGCAUGUAUAGAUGGCCUUCACACACUAUUGCCUCCCUGCCCCCGCUGACUCCAAAAACCUAGAAGCAAAUAACAAGCCCAGUUUCCUACGAGCACACAGCAAAUACUAUGCAGUGCUCAUUAUUACACUACUUCAAAUCGGUAUAAGCUUAGAGCCUUCCCAGCCACUUAGGCAGCAAACACUUUCCUCCUUGUUUAGUCCAGGAUAACUGCCUAUGUCAGAGCUUUGUGCCUGUGUCCCUCACUCAAAAUGGCCCCUAAAAUGGAAGAACCAGGGAACAUUUUGUAGGAAAAGUUGCAUGGCAUUGGGGAAAUUGCUCACCCACAGUGGAUCCUCUACGUUGGAGAGUCAGCAUUCCUUCUCCAUCGCCUCUAACAGAGAAGAGCCACAGAUCAGCAGUAAAGCACAUGCUUUGUGUGCAGAAUAUCCCAAGCAUCUCUAGAAAAAAAGGUACUGAGUACCAGGCCUGAGAAAGAAUGUAAGAAGAGCCUGCUGGAUCAGGCCAGCUCAUCAUCAGUUGCAAUAUGGGAAAGCCCAAAGGCAACAUAAUUUUCCCCUCUUGCCGUUUCCAGCAACUGGUAUUCAGAAUACUGCCUCUGGCUGUGGAGAUACCCACCAGUGUAGCCUUGUUCUCCAUGAAUUUGUCUAAUCCUCUUUUAAAAGGGCCUCUUCCUAAGAGCUGCUGCUAGCCAGAGUGGACAGUGCUCUCUUAGAAGGAUCCACGAUUUGACUUGGUAUAAGGGAUGCUUGUAUUUUCAUUACUCUUUCAUAGCUUAUAAUUCACAGUGCCUGCUGUAUGGCUGGGGUGUACACAGCUGGCCUCUUCUGGUGGCGAUCUGGUGCACAGAACAAAAAAAGUGAAGAGAGAGAGACUUUGAAGAGAGCUAAGUGUCGCCACUGACUUCUCUUGUUGACAAACACGCAUUUGACAUUCGGACCCAGUCAUGUGAUGGUUGCUCAUCACUUUUUCCAACAGAAGAGUUUUCUGGAUCUAGGCCUAUGAGGUCUUAACAUUAUGAACGUGCAUAAGCACAACAUACAGUUCAAAUGACUAGGUUGCACUACACAGUUCAGUUUCUGUGGCAUGUUUACUAACAUUAACAGUAAUUCACUGCUAAUAUAAAGCUUACCAAAGUUUUUUGUUGUUGUCCGGCCUGUAAAUUCUGGUUAGAUUUAGAUAACUUCCAGCUAGACUGUACAGAUCCCAAUUCAUGCAUUGUCCAAGAAUGCCGCCACAAAAACCUGUCCUAAGACUUUUGCACAAGACAUAGUCCUAACCUGAUCAUUCAGCAACCAUUUCCUCUUAUAAUUUUAUGACUGACACAAACUGCACAAAGAGCUUCACACCAGAUAUUUCCCCAGAAACACAGAUUCCAUUCCUCUCUUUUUUAAACAACCUGCCCAUUCAUUCUCAGGAAGGCUUCCAAGUAAUGUCAAAAAUCAUGAGCUUGUCUUGUUACAAAUAAAGGCAUUAUUUUACUGCCA